AAUAGCAAAAUCCGAAUCAAGGCAAAGACAGCAACUGAGACAUUCACAGCUAAGCAAACAGAGCGCUGGAAAAGGUAAAGUUGCCAGUAAAGCCAAACCGUGUUAAAUUGCAGGGGCGAUUUUGUAAAUUGCAACUAACUCAAGACCUUAUCUCACAAAUACUACUGUGAUUUUAUUUUAUUAUCAUAAAUAAUAUUCCGUCAAUUUUCCCUCUGCUGUAAUAAAAGGCAGACGUGUUCACCUAUCUGUCUAAAAACCUGUGAUUACUUUCUCUUCUGCCCACCACAAUUCCGCUUAUUAGCCCCUUUUUUCGAUUUCCUGAAUUUUUCUUUACUUGCUCUGGUUUCCACUCGCAAUUAUAUUUCCAUAAAAGCGCAACUUUUUUUCGCAAGAUUUGAGCAGCAAAAAGGUGCUCAUAUAGCUCAAGAAAAUCCUGAGAUUUUAGUUUUAUCUGAUGGAAGAUCGCAAGGAGAGGAAUGCACCAUGGCUAUCCGUGCCACAGUUUGGGGACUGGGAUCAAAAGGGACCAUUGCCUGACUAUUCUAUGGAUUUCUCAAAAAUAAGAGAGAUGAGGAAGCAAAACAAGAGGGAUCCUUCAAGGGCUAGUCUUGGGAACGAGGAGGAACUCAUCCCUUCUACCACAAGAGACACGAACACUGCUCGUAAUGAUGAUCAUCAUCACGACUAUCAUCAGAACAACUCCCCAACGGCGAGGCGGAGCAUCUUCAGCUACUUUAACUGCUGCGUGAAGGCGUGAUUCGUGAUGCAUUUUCUAGUUGUAUGUUUGAUGAAUUGGUGUAAUGAAAUGUUGUUGUUUACCUUGGUUUUGACGAUUGUUUGGGUAGAAUUGAAUUAUUGUUCGACUGUGCUCGCUUUCGGCCUAACCGGGUCUGUUUAUAAUGGACUACUGAUAUUUUCUCGCAAUAAAACACCAACACAUGAAGCUACUAA